GCGGCAACGGCCGGGGCAGGGCAGGGCAGGGCCGGGCCGGGAGCCGCGGAGCGGCGGGCAGCGCCAUGGGGCUGGAGACGGAGAAGGUGGACACCCGCAUCUUCAUGGACGACGACAACUUCCCGCGGAGCGGAGGCCCCGCGCUGUCGGAGGCGGAGAAGGGCGCGGAGGACGAGCUGGACCGCGACCCCCAUGGGAUGAACGCCCACCUCCAGCUGGGCUUCGAGGACGUGAUCGCGGAGCCAGAGCUAACGCACUCCUUCGACAAAGUCUGGAUCUGCAGCCACGCUCUCUUCGAGCUCAGCAAGUACGUGAUCUACAAGCUCCUGACCCUGGUCCUUGCCAUACCCCUGGCCCUGGUUCUGGGGGUCGUCUUUGCUGCGCUCAGCUGCCUGCACAUCUGGAUUGUGGUGCCUUUCGUGAAAACGUGUCUCAUGCUCUUGCCUUCAAUGCAAACCAUAUGGAAGAGCCUGACAGAUGUUUUCAUCGUACCAUUCUUUCAGAGCAUAGGCCGAUGCUUUGCCAUGGUUAAUAUACGCCUGGACCAAGAGUAAACAUCAGGGGUGCAACAGUGCUGUAAUUGUAGCUGGUUUUAUACCUCUUUGCUAACCUAAUAUACAAGCACUUACCAUUCAUUCCAAACUGAUAAAUUAUAAUGGCUGGUUUAAGCGGGAACAUGCUAUUUUUCCUAAAACUCAUUUAUUAUCAGGGAGAUCAGUUUAAGAAUAAGUAGGCAGUUUUCGUAACUCACUAUUUUAACAACAGAGCAAUCAUGGAGUAUGUUGGCAACACUUUAUUUUAAUGGUACGUUAGUUGCUAGAUGACAGGAGAAUUCUUGU